UCUCUCCGGAUGCGAUGUCUCACAGCCGUCUGGAUUCCCGCCUGGUCGCGGCUUCAGCACCAGUGGUCAACGGGAAGUGAAAGCAGUAAUGGUGAUUAGAAGAUAUGGAAAUGAAUAACUAUCAAGUGAGGAUAUCGCAGAGAGGAGGGAUGGUGAAGACAUGAGCACAUCCAACACAUAUCGAUGGAGUCCUCUUUUAACGCCGUAGAGCUCCGGGAGCUGCGGGGCGGAGGAGGCCAGCGGGGCGUGUCCCCGACGCCGGCCUCAGCGCCCUGGACAGCGGCCACAGCGUGCUGCGCCACCCGGGGCUUCGAGAACGCCUCCUACCAGCAAGACGAGGAGCCCGAGUACCAGCAUCAAGGCGCGGCUGCGUCUGCGGGCUGCCCGCCAUCAACCUCAGCCAGCAACAAGGGGGAGCAGCAGCAUCAGGAGCUGUCUCCGCGAUCAUACGAUGAGGAGGAAGGAGGUGGAGGGCAGGAGGAGGGCCAGGAUUUCACAGAGUUCCACCCCGCCGACGACCACUCUGCGGACUACGGCUUCAUCUUCGCCCUGGUGUUCCUGGUGAGCGGCAUCGUCCUGGUGGUCAUCGCCUACACCAUCCCCCGAGAGGCCAAAGUCGACCCAGACUCCGUGUCGGCCCGCCAGAUGGAGAAGCUGGAGAUGUACUACGCCCAGCUGGGCUCCCACCUGGACAAGUGCAUCAUCGCGGGCCUCGGCCUGCUGACUCUGGGGGGGAUGUUCCUGUCCGUGCUGCUCAUGGUGUCCAUCUGCCGGGGCGAAAUGUACCGACGCAGGGCGGCGUUUGUUCGCCCCAAGAGGACUUACGGCUCCAUCAACCUGAGGAUGAAGCAGCUGGCGACCGGAGAGGCAGGAGGCGAGGGAGGGGACGGAGGUGAGGAGCUUUGGGUGGAACACGCAAAGACAAGGAAUAACAUACAGCCAGGUCCGAGCCGGGACUCCAAAUCAGAACCAGGACCGAGCAGGAAUCCUCCUCCUGCUGCUGCUGCUGCUGCUGCUGCUCAGUCCUCCUCUUCUGCUGCUGCACACAGAGUCAACUAGCUGUCCUUUAUUUUCAACCUGCCUUCCUCUGAGUGAGGUGCAAAAUGGGGAUGCAAAAU